GUUAAAUACAUGUAAACAUAUGUGUGUUGUUUGAUAUAUGAACUAACAAAGAAGACUUCUGAAAAUGUCUUAGCUAUGGCUAUCAAGGAAUAACGGCAAUUGACAAGAUGUCAACAGUACAGCGAUCUGGCUAUGUGAAUAAUAUGGUCGAUGGUGUCUUUACAAACUUAUCUGAUAGUGUACAAUACGACGAAUGUAUUGAAACUAUCGACAAAUCCGGUUAUGAUCAACUAUCUGCAGUCAGGGAUGGUGUAAAUCAUGAUUAUAUAACUCUGACCUCAUCACACAAGGUGGAGUCAAAGCAAUCACACAAUGAAGUUCAUAAAAAGAACAAAUCUCUUUUAAGGCCAAUAUUUCUUGUUAUGUGUUGCAUCAUGAUUUCAUCAGGAGUUACAGCUGCUGCCACUUUCUUUGCAACAAAACAUUUGUAUUCAGAAAACAAGGACAAGUAUAAAGACUCAACACAAUGCAACAUGUCUAGUGACAACAGCUUUAAUGACACAAACAACAGUCCUGGAUUAUGUUCAAUAGAACAAUGUGAAAACGGAGGAACAUGCAUAAAAAAUAUAUGUUUAUGUGGAGAUGGGUUCGCCGGAUCCAUGUGUGAAAUAGAUGUCAACCAAACAUGCGAAUCUGAUGCAGACACACUUAUACCACAUCCAAAUACAUGCCAGCUGUACUAUAACUGCAGCCAAGCAGUGUCUCCUCUUCCCACAGAAAACAGAAAAUACCCGCAUAGGACACAAAUUCUGAGACCUGCCUACCUGCACGAAUGUUCUUACCCUGAACUUUUCUGUACAACAACUUUGUCAUGUCAGAAUUAUACAGACGUCAAAUGUGGGUCAAGAUAUGAAACAAAAAACAAAUGUGACUAUCUUGCAAUUAGUUAUAUUUGCAAUGGAGCAUGUAAAGUCUGUGUUUAUUUCUCACCCGACUGUAUUGGAUUCUCCGACGGAAUACACAGAAAUAAAUAUGUUGCGCCACCUGGAGAGGUCUAUUUUGAAUGUCAAGAUGAAAGAAACAUAUAUGAUGGUCGAAAUCCCUGUCAAAACGACAUGACACCUUAUAAUGGUAAAUGCACAAAUACAUAUGAAAUACCACCAUCUUAUUGGCAGGUUGGAUAUGGAGUAUCUUGCUCUGGUCGGACAAACGGUAACUACAAUGAGCGAAUGGCACAAGGAAGAUGUGAUAUCUACUUCACUUGUGUAAAUGGAAACCCUACACUUACAACCUGUAGUUCAGGAAGAGUCUUCGAUUCCAAAUCUACAUUCUGUCAAGAUCCAGUAAAUGCAUGUCGUCCUUGUGGAACCGUCGAUAAUGGAUGUUGAUGAUAUUAUUGUCAAUAUCGUAAAGCGAAUGGGCAAACCUUUUCUAAACAAGACAUGAACGACCCCGUAUAUUUGCAUUUGUCAUAAGUCAGGAGCCUUUGACAUUUGUUAGUCUUGUUUAUUUUAUUACAUUUUAGUUCGUUGAUAAGUUUUGAUGUUUAGUGUGACGUCCAUUUUCAUUUAACUAGUACACAUUUUGUGUAUGGGCUAGCUGAAGCCCGCCUUCAGAU